AUGGCCUCAAGUGAGAUGCUCGAUGUGCCCCUAUUCAUGGCCAACCGUGUUUUAGAUAACAUAUUUGUGGGUGGAUGCUAUGCAGCGGAGGACCGAGACUUUGUAUUUACUAAUUCAGUGACGCGAGUGAUUAAUUGCUGUAGCCACACCUUUACAAAUUGCUUUCAGGGUGUGGGGAUUAGAUAUCUUUCAUAUCAAUUUGACGAGGACGGGAAUAGCACCAUGUUUGAUUCUAGGGAUGAGACGAUUACGCAGGUCGUUCGUUUUGUCAACGAGGCGGUCGAAAAAGACGAGUGUGUUUUGAUCCACUCUGUCAACGGUGAUUCGCGGUCUGUUGUUUUAUUGGCGGGAUACUUAGUACACAGGUUCCAUUGGCCGCCUCACAGAGCCCUUCAGUUCAUCACUACAAAAAGGUUCAGCUCCAAGCCUCAUCAGAAUUAUGUACGUCAGCUUCACGAAUUUGCAAAUCGCCGGCGCACAAAAUACGGAGAGUUCAAGGAUAUUUUUGGAAGCACCAGAGGACUUAAGCUUAACCACCAGGAAAUCUUGCAUCGGAAUACUUUUCUCAACGCAGUCAUGGCACAACCCAAUCCAGAAGAGUUAGUGAGGCAGAAGGGAAUCCAUGCUAUCCUCUCUGACUGCCAGAUUCAUGUAGAAGUCCCUCCGGCUCCAGAGAAGCACAUAACCUGGCGGGACGGCCUAGUGACGGCUCAGAUACCAUCCACAUAUGCUAACUUUGAUGCCAAUGGGCGUCCAGUAGGCUCACAAUCGUCAUUGAUUUUCAGACCCCGGACCCCCUCCUAUCGCUCGGGGCAACAGGUGAGAUGUAUUCCCGUGCGGAUGGAUCCAUCGCUGCUUCCUGCGAUUAGUUUUGACCUGGAUCUCCCUCUGCACAAACGCCGAUCAGACGGGUACCUAGCGCCGGUUACAAGUUCCCUCGAGGGCUAUGCUGUUGUUGCAAAGCCUGUUAGUAUUCUUGCCAAGGUCGGCACAGCGACACGGAGCGCCUAUGAUGCGUCGUCCAUAUAUGUGCCCCGUGAUGAGUUUGAGGCCAUCCUCGUGGCUCCACGUGGCGAAGAUGUCCGCAACGAGUCCAUCUCUGAAAGGAGCGAUAUCUCUCGGCAGAGUGACCGGCCAACGUCUGCACGCAGGCCACAAAGCACAAUGGGGAUGCCACCUGUUCACAUUUCCCAGAUGUCGGCGACACAAAAGAGCCAAGGGAUUGGUGGCAUGCGCAGUGCCAAUCCAAGUUAUGGAAAGGCACUUGGGUCUAACUAUGAAAAUCAGAAAGUGGGAAGGCAGAAUGCAGCACCCCUUCUUGCAAAUGUAGCCCUUACGAAGAUGGGUCAAGCAGGUCAGGGCGCCUACAAUCGUACGUCUAGCGAUCCUACUGUCAGGUCUGGCAGUUUGACAAAGCUCCGGCCACCGACACCGCCUCGGAAGCUGGAAGAGUUGGCUGCAGAAGCUGCCGCUGCUGCUGCGCAACAGGCAGGAGAGCAGUCUGCGGCACAUACGGCCCAGCAGGCGUAUGGUCAUACCCAACCGCAUAUGUAUUCACAGCAGCAGACCCCACAGAUGUCCCAGGCACAACAACAGGCACACACAUCAGCUAGGAUGUCUCAAUCGAAUCGCAUGAGCUCAAGCUACUCAUCAGGCUCCUCUCCAGGAAUGUCCCGAAGUGCCCAGCCUCGUGGGAGCAUGUCUUCCAGGGGCUCUGACUAUGUACAGUCUCGAACGCCCACGCAGCAAGGAUCUGUAGGGACUCGACCGGUCUCGGGGCCUUCUAGAUAUGCCCCCGCCGCCAGCCCGAUGACAAAUCGAGGUAGCUUUUCUGGUCAGUCGGGGCCUCGUACGCCUACGCUCAGCAAUCGUCCCCACGGCUCCCAGUCGCCAUCCUCCGCAUAUAGGCCAAUUAGCGCCGGGAGGCCUGCACAGCAGGGUUUCUCAGGAACACAAAGCGGCCGCUAUAGCUUCGGAGGCUAUUAA